AAACAACCGGAUCUCCUGACAACUCACUUUGAUAAGAACAUCACCAAGGGGCUGGUGUGAAACCAUUCCUCACAAAUCCACCCCCAUGAUCCAGCCACCUCCCACCAGGCCCCACCAGUAACACUGGGGAUUACAAUUCAAUGUGAGAUUUGGGCCAAGGACACAGACCUGGUCCAUAUCACCCACCUGCAUGUCCCCUGCAGACCUGUCCCUGAACUCUAGAAUCCUUUGUCUUACUGUCUCAGCUCUCUGCUCAGCCGUCUAACAGGUAUCUCCACCCUUGUGUUUCCAAAAGUGACUUCCCGAACUCCCCAAGUACAUUCCCCUGUGCUCCCCACAUCUCACAUGAAGGUGACCCUAUACUUCCUGGGCAUAGGUUUACAUGUCAGCAUACAUUUGAAACAGAGAAGACAUGCCAUUAUAUGGGAGCAUUUUGAUUCACGUGACAAAGAAAAGUUAGUUUUGUCUAGAUUAUCAUAAAAAAAAGAAAAGUUAUGUUUACUUAAAGCAGAUGAGGUAAUACAUGUUUCCAAAAUUACUGUGAACUGUGGGAGAAAAAUGUUUGAAGACCUCAUCCGUGCCUGGUCUGCUCCCUCAAGACCUCUCUGACUUGAUCUCCUGCCUGGGCCUCCACUCCAGCCAUGCGGGCCUCUUUCCUGUUUCUGGGGCCGAGGUUGCUCCUGCCUCAGGGUCUUUAGUUGAGCUGUCCCUCUGCCUAGAAUUCUCUGGCCCCUCAGCUGAGGUGCAAACACCCUUCCUCCCCCAGGUCUUUGUUCUGGUAUUGCCUUCUUAGUGGGGACUUCUGUGACCCUCCCUCCUCUCUCCACUGAACACUCCAGCCAUACCCUCACCCCUACCUCUGGUCCAUAUUAAACAGAUUUGACUUGUAAAGAGUUAAUUAUAUUGACUGAGAGGGAAGCCCAGAAGAGGAAGAAGAGGAAAGCAAAGGAGUCAGGGAUGGCUCUUACACAGGGACCUUUGACAUUCAGGGAUGUGACCAUAGAAUUCUCUCACGAGGAGUGGAAAUGCCUGGACCCUGCACAGAAAGCUUUGUACAAGGAUGUGAUGUUGGAGAACUACAGGAACCUGGUCUUCCUGGGUAUAACUCCUAAAUGUACGACCAAGGAAUUACCACCAAUAGGGAACAAUAAUACAGGAGAAAAAUUCCGAACAGUGACGCUGGAAAGACAUGAAUGCUAUGACAUUGAAGAUAUUUACUUAAGGGAAAUCCAGAAAAAUCUACUGGACCUUGAAUUUCAAUGGAAACAUGGUGAAAUAAAUUUUAAAGAAGUGCCAAUGACCUAUAAAAAUAAUCUUACUGGUAAAAGAGGUCAUCAUAGUCCAGAGAAUGUAGAAAACAAAUGUAUUGAAAAUCAGCUUCCAUUAAGCUUUCAGUCACAUCUGACUGAACUGCAGAAAUUUCAAACUGAAGGGAAAGUUUAUGAAUGUAACCAAACUGAGAGAACAGUUAAUAAUGGUUCCUUAGUGUCACCACUUCAAAUAAUUCUUCCUCGUGUCCAAACCAACAUUUCUAGGAAAUAUAGGAAUGAGUUUUUGCAACUGUCAUUACCUAUCCAACUUGAGAAAACACACAUUGGGGAAAAGCCUUAUAUAUGUAAUGAGUGUGGCAAAACGUUUAGAGUGUCUUCAAGUCUUAUUAACCAUCAGAUGAUACAUACUACAGAGAAACCUUACAAAUGUGAUGAAUGUGGCAAAGCCUUUCAUCAGGGCUCACUACUAACCAUACAUCAGAUAGCCCAUACAAGGCGGAAACCAUAUCAAUGUGAUGUAUGUGGCAAGAUCUUCAGACAAAAUUCAGAUCUUGUAAAUCACUGGAGAAGUCACACUGGAGAGAAACCAUACAAAUGUAAUGAAUGUGGCAAGUCCUUCAGCCAAAGUUACAACCUUACAAUACAUCAGAGAAUUCACACUGGAGAGAAACCUUACAAAUGUAAUGAAUGUGGGAAAACCUUCAAACAAGGCUCUUGCCUCACUACACAUCAGAUAAUCCAUACAGGAGAGAAACCAUAUCAGUGUGAUAUAUGUGGCAAGGUCUUCAGGCAAAAUUCAAAUCUUGUAAAUCACCAGAGAAUCCACACUGGAGAGAAACCAUACAAAUGCAAUGUAUGUGGAAAGUCUUUUAGUCAAAGUUCCAACCUGGCAACUCAUCAGACAGUUCAUACUGGAAACAAACCUUACAAAUGUAAUGAAUGUGGCAAAACCUUUAAACGGAGCUCAAGCCUCACUACACAUCAGAUAAUCCAUACAGGAGAGAAACCAUAUGCAUGUGAUAUAUGUGACAAGGUCUUCAGUCAACGUUCACAACUUGCAAGGCACCAGAGAAGUCAUACUGGAGAGAAACCUUACAAAUGCAAUGAAUGUGGCAAGGUCUUCAGUCAGCAUUCACAUCUUGCGGGGCAUCGGAGAAUUCAUACUGGAGAGAAGCCUUACAAAUGUGAUAAAUGUGGCAAAGCCUUUAAACAGGGUUCAUUACUCACUAGACAUAAGAUAAUUCAUACCAAAGAGAAACGUUACCAAUGCAAUGAAUGUGGAAAGGUCUUUAGUGAAAAUUCAUGCCUUGUAAGGCAUUUAAGAAUUCACACUGGGGAGCAACCUUACAAAUGUAAUGCGUGUGGCAAGGUCUUCAAUUACAGUGGGAACCUUUCAAUUCAUAAGAGAAUACAUACAGGAGAGAAACCUUUCCAAUGUAAUGAAUGUGGCAUGGUCUUCAGGAAUUACUCAUGCCUAGCACGUCAUCUAAGAAUUCACACUGGGCAGAAACCUUACAAAUGUAAUGUGUGUGGCAAGGUCUUCAAUGACAGUGGAAACCUUUCAAAUCAUAAGAGAAUUCAUACUGGAGAGAAGCCCUUUCAGUGUAAUGAAUGUGGCAAGGUCUUUAGUUACUACUCAUGCCUAGCACGUCAUCGGAAAAUUCAUACUGGAGAGAAACCUUACAAAUGUAAUGAUUGUGGCAAAGUGUAUACUCAGCGUUCAAGCCUCACUAAACAUCUGAUAAUUCAUACUGCAGAGAAAUCUUACAAUUGUAAUGAGUUUGAUGGGGCAUUUAUCCAAAGUUCAAAACUUGCAAAAUAUCACAGAAAUCCUGCUGGAGAGAAACCACACAAAUGUAGCCAUUGUGGUAGAACUUUUAGUCAUAUAACAGGCCUGACAUACCAUCAGAGAAGACAUACUGGAGAGAUGCCAUACAAAUGUGCUGAAUGUGGCCAGGUCUUUAAUUCCACUUCGAACCUUGCAAGGCAUCGGAGAAUUCAUACGGGGGAGAAACCUUACAAAUGUAGUGAAUGUGGUAAGGUCUUUCGUCAUCAGUCAACACUAGUGCGUCAUCGGAGUAUUCAUACCGGAGAGAAACCUUACACAUGUAAAGAGUGUGGCAAAGCUUUUAGAGUGCGCUCAAUUCUGGUUAAUCAUCAGAAAAUGCAUACUGGAGAGAAACCUUAUAAAUGUAAUGAAUGUGGUAAAGCUUUUAUUGAAAGGUCAAAGCUGGUGUACCAUCAAAGAAAUCACACUGGAGAAAAGCCAUACAAAUGUAUUGAAUGUGGCAAGGCCUUUGGGCGGUUUUCUUGCCUCAGCAAACACCAAAUAAUUCAUUCUGGAGAAAAACCUUAUAAAUGUAAUGAGUGUGGCAAAUCUUUUAUUAGUCGGUCAGGCCUCACUAAGCAUCAGACAAAACAUAUUGGAGAGAACCUUACAACUAAACUGAAUGUGGCAAGGCCUUUAGAUGCUCUCCUAACUUCUGGGUUCAAAUAGUUCAUACUUACUGAUAUAGCUUGUAUAACUUUCACUUCUUUCUGAAAUCUUGUGGAAUUUCAAUACCCCGAAUUGGAGGUGGGGCCUGGUGGGAGAUGACUGGAUAACGGGUGGAUUUCUCAAGAAUGGUUUAGCAUCACCCCCUUGGUGCUCUUCUCAGGAUAGUGAGUUCUGGUGAGAUAUUGUUGUUUAAAAGUAUAUGGCAGGCCAGGCACAGUGGAUCAUCCCUGUAAUCUGAGCAUUUAGAGGGGGUCUAAGUGGGCAGGUCACUUGUGGCCAGGUGUUCAAGACCAGGCUGGUGAACAUGGUAAAACCUUGUCUCUACUAUAAACACAAAAAUUAGCUGGGCAUGGUGAUGCAUACCUGUAAUCCUAGCUACUCAAGAGGCUGAGGCAUGAGAAUCACUUGAACCCAGGAGACAGAGGUUGCAGUGAGCCAAGAUCUGCCACUGCACUCCAGCCUGGGUGACAGCAAGAUGCUGUCUCAAAAAAAAAAGUGUAGGAACCUUCCUCUUGUUUGCUUCUCUUCUUGCCAUGUGACAUGUCCACUUCCCCUUAGCCGUCCACCAUGAUUUUAACAUUCUUGAGGCUCCCCCAGAAGGUGAGCAGAUGUCAGCACCAUGUUUCCUGUAUAGCCUGUAGAACUGUGAGUCAACUAAACUUCUUUAUAAAUUACCCAGCCUCAGGUAUAUCUUUAUAGCAAUUCAAAUAUAGCCUAAUACAUUUACACAUGCAGUAAAUGUAGCUAAGUUUUAAGCUAGUGUUCACUACUCACUUGGCAUAAGAAUAUACAUGUUGGAGAGAAAUUACAGAAGUGUAAUGUGUAUGGCAAGAAUUCCAUUCAAAGAUCAAAACUUGUGGAUCGAUAGAUAAUUCAAAGUGCAGAGAUGCUUUACAAUUGAAAAGAAUGUGGCAAAACCUUUACCAGAGUUCAAUCGCUAUUGGACAUAAGGGAGUUUAUACUGAAAGGAGAUCUAUAUGUAUGUGCCAGAGACUUCCUCCAGGCAUUGGAACUUACCAGACAUCAGAAUAUACAACUUGGAGAAGAGCCACACAAAUGUAAUGUGUGUGGUAAGGCUUUUACCCGAACAUCAUCGAAAUGGAAACCUGAGUAUUCAUACUGAAGAGUUACCUUACAAAUGUAACAAAUGUAGUAAGACUUUCUAACAAAUCAGAUGUUUGCUUUUGGAGUGUGAGAGAAUUUAUGUAGGAGAAAAAUCCUAUAAAUGUGCUGAACAUGUGCCCACCUCAGCCUCCCAAAGUGCUGGGAUUACAGGUGUGAGCCACCACACCUGGCCAAAAUUGUUUGCAUUUUUAGUAAAGAUGGGAUUUCACGAUGUUGGCCAGGCUGGUCUUGAACUCCUGACCUCAGGCGAUCUGCCCACCUUGAACUCCCAAAGUGUUGGGAUUACAGGCAUGAGCCACCCCACCUGGCCAGCAUCUGUCAUUUCUCUGUACAUUUUUUGCCACACAAAUCUGAGAAUGCCACCUUGAGAUAUGGAUCCUGCAAGUUCUUCAAUGGAAGAAAUGUAAGUCCAUAAAUUGGGUUAAAUGGUUUCUAGUUGCGUGUACAAUGAUAAAAAAUUAUUUUUAAAAUGUAGUUUUGGCUGGGCUCUGUGGCUCAUGCCUAUAUUCUUAGCACUUUGGGAGGUUGAGGUGGACAGAUUGCCUGAGC